GUAACACUGCUUGUGGGGUCAUGUGAUAGACACCAGCUGACCGAACAUUUUCCAAAGUUUGCCAAGUUUUUUGUUCGCUCCUUCGUGAAAAAAAUCAAAGAAACCCCAAGGAAAACAUGGCUCUGCACUCGGCAAUCAAGGGAAAACUGAUCAGCGUGAUCGGCGAUGAGGACACCUGCGUGGGCUUCCUGCUGGGCGGCGUGGGCGAGAUAAACAAGAACCGUCAUCCCAACUUUAUGGUGGUGGACAAGAACACGGCCGUCAGCGAGCUGGAGGAUUGCUUCAAGCGCUUCCUCAAGCGCGACGACAUCGACAUAAUCCUGAUCAACCAGAACUGCGCCGAGCUCAUCCGUCACGUGAUCGAUGCACACACAUCUCCGGUGCCCGCGGUGCUGGAGAUUCCCUCCAAGGACCAUCCGUACGAUGCCAGCAAGGACUCGAUUCUGCGCCGCGCCCGCGGCAUGUUCAACCCAGAGGAUAUGGUGCGUUAAUUGCCCGCAGGAGUAGAGUUCUUUUGGAGAAGAGGGUUCAACGUAUUGCUGCAACCGUUAGAAGUAUUGCUUUCCAUCGUAAUUCCCAGCUGUAAACCACUAUAUAUAUAGAUUCAGAGCUUUUCGUUUGUUCUAAU